AUGAUUAGACCUAGGACUUUAGUGUUAAAAAGGUUCAAGUCGUUACCUUCUACCCCGAAUUCUGGUAAGCCUGUCAAGCCUGAUGGAAACAAUUCCACGCCUAGCUCGGUCAAUCAGCCAACUAAUCUUACUCCAAGAGACUGGAAAGUCAUCGAAGGUUACAUUCCUGGAGAAAAGACUCAAACAAAUGAAUUAAAAGAUAGAGUUCCUAAAUUUCCAUUGGGAAAGGAGAAUGUUCCCACUUUAUUGCCUCGACCUGGUGUCCCUAGAGUCGGGAAGGAUCAUACUUUCCGUCAAGUUAUCACGAUUUUGAGAAACAAGAGACAAGAAGAGUUGAUUUACGAAAGUGAACCUCAUAGAUUAUACUUUUUAGCGUGUUUCUGUUUCGGUUUAACAUUGUUGGUGUAUGCUAUUGUUUUAGGAGAAUGGGCGGUCUUCCAAGCGAACAAAGAUUAUGAAGAAAACAAAGAAGAGAAAAAUGAAGUAUUGAAGAAAAGAGAGUGGUUUUUGAAUGUAUUGAAGAAUUCGAUUUUCUGUGGAAUCAUGCUUGGAGCCUCUUAUGCAUUCUUUACUUUCCCACAGAGAUUAGUCAGAAGGAUGUAUUAUUUGCCUGGACCUGUGGAACACGUGAAAUUCACAUCCUAUCCGUUAUUACCAGGUAGACCAACACCAGUUAUCACCAUUCCAUUGAAACAUUUGGAGCGUAAACAUCAAGCAAGAGUAUGGACAGGUAAAGGUUUUUAUGGUACCAGUGAUUCAUCCUUAUUUUUCUUCACUUUGAAAGAAAUAAAUGAAUCAGGUAAAACAGUGAAAAAUUGGGUUGUAGAUCGUAGGGGAUUCUUUUGGAGUGAUGGAAGAGUGUUUGAUUUCCUUUUUGGUAAGGAAACUUUGGCAGAAAGUGAAGCGGGUAUUCCUUACGAUGAACAAGUUGGUAUUUUAAACAAGGAAUUGAAGAAGAAAAAGGAGAAGUUAAGAAAAGAGCAUGGAAGAUUUUGGAAUUUCAAAUUAAUGGCCAAAGAAGUUUCCAAUGAUAUCAAGAAAUUGACCGGUAACCAAAUCACCAAAAGGGAUAAUUAG